GCGGUUACACAGCUUUAAAUGCAAUGCAGAACAGCUGGCCUGCGACAUGGCGUCAGAUGCUGGUUUUACUGCAGAAGGCACUUUCGAUCGAGAGGGUGUGCCACCAGAGGACAAUAGGUGGAAAGGUGUCAGACACAUUUUCAUCCAGAACUUGCCAGCGCGAGUCAGUCAGCAACAAUUCCACGAGUUCAUUCGGCUUUGCUCUGCGCCUGAACCUGAACAGCUGAAGUUUCCGGUGUAUGCGAAUGGCAAGUCUCGUGGGUAUGCUGUAGCUUCAUUCCGGGACUGCGCCUCGGCCGGCGCCUUCGUGGCUGCAACGUGGCAACAGCGGGUGCCAGGCUUUCAAAAGCCAGAGCCAAUUGCUUGCCAACCUUGCGUUGCUCGCUCACGGGGCUUGAGACGAAGAAUGAUUGGUGGGAAAGCCAGCCCUUUGUUUGACCCUGGGCCGUCCAGCGUGUCCCACUUCAGAGCCUUGGCCGUGCAGGUGCAGGUUUCGCACUUGGUAAACAAAUGUGACUCGUGAGGUUUAGGGACAUGGCCCAAUCCAUGAACGAAGCGGACCGGCCAACUGAAAUUUUGGGGACUGUUGCCAGUGGGUGUGAUUAUUUGAUCGUUUGCAAUGAUCCACGUGCCAGGAUGCCUACGCGAAGCAUUCUCUGUCCCUCCCGGCGUCUCCCUAAUCCGAUGUUUUCAGAUGGCGGGCAAUUGCAACUCGCUGGCUUUUCCUGCUGCAUCAUGCAUCCUUCAAGACUCGUUUGAACAAAAGUCCGGGUUUGAAUCUCCAUAUGACAGAUAUCGGGCCGUGCUUUUUUUUGGCUCUUUGCGCAUGGAUCACCGGCACGGUGGGUGAGCCGCAUAUUGCAAGUAUUAUCAUGCCGCAUGUGUUUCCUCCGUUUUCCUUUGUGGACCAAGAUGCUUGGCGAAGCAACGUGAUCCCUUGAGAGUUACAGCAGCAAGUGAGAUCGCUAGUUUUCGUGCUCCAAUCCGAUCGCAUCUUGCCAUCUUGCCCAGGAAACAAAAUGCCUUCGGACUACCAGUCUGGCUAUGAUGAUGCACCCACAGUCACCUCCAUGUCCAGUGACCCGCCCUUCACCUACACAGAGGCACAUGCGAGCGAUUGGCUGGACGGAGAGGUUCCUGCGAGCCUUCCAACUCCGAGGUUUUUGAGAACUCGUGUGGAUUUGUGAGUUUUCAAAGUGCUAACCAUAGCCUGAAGGUAAACGCCGCGCCAACAUCCGCGAGUGAUUUGGUCAUGCCCGUUUCCAUGGCUUCCACUCACCGAAGGCCUCCGAAGCUCACAAGCACUGUCAUGACAUGUGCUUGCUCACAAUUGUGAGGGGGGCCUUCAGUCUUGCGGUGGGUCCACAACCUUUGUCCACCCAUUUUUUCGAGCAUAGUUGAGAUCCACUUUAAGCGUACCGAGCAAGUCUCCGUGUACGUGAAACUGUACUUUCGUACAGGCUUUGCAGCCUCGUUUGCGUGAAACUGAUGAGUUUCGGUGCUGUGUAUGCACUUCCCCUGAAGUGGGGCGUCCUGGCCUCUGUCCGGAAGCUUGCAAAAGCUGAGCUUUGGUUUUGGCCUCUCUGCUUCCCAUCGGUUUAUAUGAGCCGGAAGGGCACUGCAUACCAAGCUAGCAGUACCAAGGAAUGGAGUUGCUGGCUGGCUGUUGGCGGGUGACCGUUUACGGC